AUGACAGGUUCGAUGCUUGGUAUAACAGUAACGUUAUUGAACUUCUCUUUGAUCAUCUUAAAUGUAUUACUUUAUAUGCUUUCAAUAGGCCAUCCGCAUGCUUUAGCCUCAUGCUUUAAAAGAAAAAAGCCGCGGACCACUGUGAGUGCGAAGAUCCCAAAAUCGAGUACGCCAUCGCCGAAGCCCUCCGAGAGCACUGAACUGCAGGAAGCAAAAACCCAGUAUGAGGAAAAAGGAAAAAUGACCAGUACAGCACCCCAGCCAAAUACACUGACAGACAAGAAAGAGAGUAAAACAGAGAAGGUUUCGAACGGGAAAAAUACUGAGAAAACCAUGGCUUCUAUCCAACAGUCAAUGAAUAAGUUUCCUCGCGCUCCGAAAGGAAAUCAUGAUGAAGAGCUUCGAGAAAUGGAGGAGAUCCUGAAUGAUGAGUCAUUUUUGCUGACUUACACGAAACUACAGCGUACAAAGGAAUGAAUGAAGGA